AAUGGCAGCGUGAUCGCAGUGUGUAGCUGACUAUACUAUGCCGCUGUACCAGCAGAAAAAAUACAUCUUGAACUCUCGCCCGAAGGACCUAAAGCCAGAAGAAGAAGUAUUUAUUGUUCAACAAACGAAAGAAUGCUUCAGAGAUUAUAAGGAUUAUAUAGCCAAAGUAUUUACGUACAGUUCACAGCAAUGGUCGUGUGAGGUUACUGGCAAAGAUGGUCUUACUUACAGCGAAGCUGUUUCUUCUGAGCGAGAAGCUUCCAAACUUCAUGUUCAAUCCUUAAAGGAGAACAUGAAAUGCAUCACAAAUGCUGCCAAAAAGGGAGAAAGAUCGGAUAAGAAAAAUCCUUUGCAGAGCUCCCUCAGUACAAUAUCUGGACCAAACGCGAACAAAAGAACAUUCGAUAAAGUUUUGUCCAGGACAGCGGGCAAAGAUCUCACGCAGCGGACUCUGACGUGUUUUGCGAAAAACACAGGGCAUUCCAAACAGCUGAUUUGCAAUUCUAAACCGAUCAAACAAGUUGUCAAAUCUGGCGCCAAGCGCAAAGGCAGCCCAGAAGUUGAAAUUUUGCUUGAACUGAAACUAAAAUCCAAAUCAGACUUGUCAUCGCCAAAAGAUACAAGUGCCAAAGAAAAGACGAAGAAGGCGAAAAAGUUGACGACAUUCCAAACGCAUUUUGAUGUUGACGAUGCAAAGAGCAAUUCUACCAAGAACGUUCAUUCAAAUGAGAAGGAGUUGAAAAUAAUCAAGAAAAAUGCUUCCAAAGGACAGCAAACGUUGUCUCAAAUGUUCAAAAAUUCGUCCUUAAACGAUGCAGACAUCAAACGGGAAGUGGGGAAAGUUCGAAGCAAGACCGUCACUUAUUCCAAUCAAGGGGAAAGAGCAAGGAAUGGAAAUAGAAAACCACUCGUGACUACUUUUUCUAAAAGUCAUUUCGCCGCGAAAGUCUCGCUGUCGCCAUCGUUGAAACCCGUCAAUGUUCCCGAGGAGCUGAGAAAAGAAUACGGAGAUCUUUUGAUGAUAACAGAGUUCGUGUAUUUUUACGGAAAAUUUCUGUCUCAAGAUCGAGACAUCGUCCACUCCAGACCAGUUGGUCUUCGGUUUGAUGAACGAGCAAAGCAAGAUCUUCGAGGGUGUUUUGUCCGGUUUUCUUCGGGUGCUGCUGAAAGACCUUGGUCAAAAGAAGAUGGUGAAAGAGUUUGCAGACUUGGGAAUUAAUCUAACUGAUAUGCCAGUAUCGGAGAAAAAUGUAUUCGAACUUACUCGAUUGUAUUUGAAAUAUCGUGCCGACAACGAAGAAUUGAGAGGAAAUUUUAACGAUGCAGGAGUUGGACAGUCGCUACGAAAUCUGAUAGAUUUAUGUGGAGAUGAUUUGUCUCUUGCGAUUCCAGCGACAAAGCUGCGGAUUUUGCUUUACAUGUGCGAAGAGAUCAUAACGAGCGAGCUGUUUUAUUCUCAUUUUCAAAGUCUCGAUGCAGACAGACGACAAACAUGGGUUGAAAAGUUCCAGGCUUAUUCUGAAAUUCGCGAACUUGUGGCCGAGCAAAAGAAGCUGAAGGAUUUUGAACGCUCACA